AGUGUGCCUCGGGCUGUGAUGAUGGCGGCGGUGGGGCGUCCCGCGUUGUUUGUGGUGGCCGUCGUGCUGUGCUGCGUGUGUGGCUGUGCAGCGACGCCUGCCGAGGGCAUCAGUGGGCAGAGGAGGGAGGAAGUGGCGCUUGACCUGAAGCAGGCGAAGGAGAAGGCGGUUGAGGCCAAGAAUCUUGUGACUGACGCCAAGAGAGAGGCGGACGCUGUAAAGAGUGCGACGGAGCAAUUAAAGGCUGCGGCUGCAACGGCCUCAGCGGCUGCAGUGGAGCUAAAUAAUACAGUGAAGGCGUGUAUUGAUGCUAAUGGAAAAAUUGAAGAUGUGAUUCGUUUGGCUGAUGAAGCAAAAAAAAAGUCUGAAGAUGCUUCCGAUCUGGUGGAUGCCGUAGUGGUGGGGGUGGCAAAGAUUCUGAAUAGAACGGCAGAAGCAGAGAAGUUGGGGAAGGAAUCGCAGGUCGCGUCUCGCAGUGCCGCACGAAAAGCUAACGCAAAGGUGGCGGACCUCGCAGAGCAGGCAUCAGAGAAAGCAGAAGAGGUGAUUACGUUGCUGUCGCUGACACAGGCUAGCGCCGAGUUGACACGAAUCAACGAUGGGUGGAAAGAAAGGCAUUCGCUUGCUGCUGCCGCCUACGCUAAACAAAUUUUUGAAUACAGCAAUGAAGCAAAGGUAUUAUCUUCAAAACAAUACGCUGCAGUGUAUCCAUUGAGGAACCCUGCUAAGUCUGCAGAGGAGCUGGCGAAGAAGGCAGAGGAUGCCGCGGUGAUGGCUGGGAAUGCAGUGAAUGAGGCAUUUACGCGCGCAGAAC